UAUUUGGAGCCCUAAUUCCUAAAUCAAAAGUCACAGGCCACAGCCUCCAGCCCUUUCUUCUCUGUUCUCUGAACUCUCACAGCCACUGUGUCGGCGACCAGCAAGCACAGCGGCGCAGCAAAACUCUCGUCUGUCGACUCUCAAUCUCUCAGCGUGACGGACUAGAGAUGGGCAAGAAUAAGAGUUCAAGGAAAGGGAAGAAGGCAUGGAGAGCGAACAUAAGUACGGAGGAUAUUGAAGAUUUCUUUGACAACUCCACUAAAGAUGCUCUUUCCGGCGGUUCUCUUGCUCAAGUUCCCAGUGACUCUCUCUUUUACGUCGACAAAUCCAGAGAUCUUUCUGUGAAACGGAAAAUUGAAAAACACCGGGAGAAAGUACUUCGAUAUGAUAGUAUACUACAAAGCAAUGCCUUUGUUGAACCUGUACCUUCUUCAACUGGGAAGAAGUCCAAGAAGAAAAGUAAACUUCAGAUUGCCAGAGAUACUGCUCAACAGGGUCAAAAGGAUUUGUCUGGUGGAGACUCUGGCAUGGUUGACAUUUGGGAUGAUAAAGGCGAAUUGGUCAUCAAAACCAAAAAGAAGCCCAAGACUUCUGUUAUACCUGCUGUGGAAGUUGAGCCUCCAGGAUGCUCAUUCAAUCCGCCAUCCGAAAGUCAUCAGGAUGCACUAGCUUGUGCUGUUGCAGAUGAAAUGCAGAAAAUUUAUAGAAAUGAAUUGGGGCCGGAGCCUAUUCCACUGGUUGUUCCUGGAGAAGCAGUUAAUGAAGUAGAUAUGUAUUUCCUUGAAGCGGACAGUGGGAGUGACACGGAGAAUGAAAAUCUAGUGGAAGACGGAAAAACAGAUUUGGAUAAAAGGUCGCAAAAGCCCAAAAUGCUGACACAGGUUGAGAAGAAUCGACGGGCUAGACGCAAAGAACAGUUGAAAGCAGAAGCUGAAGCAACAAAAGCAGCACAACUCUCCAAAGUGAUUGAUAGCUUACCGGAUAUAAUUCAAGAAAUAGAGAGAGAGGAAGGAGAAAAACAGAAACGACAUCUACGUCGUGUUACUGCUAUAAAAGAAAAACUAAAAUCUUGUCCACCACGCUUGGGAAAGCGCAAAUUUGUGCCUGCUCCUGCUCAGGUUUUACUGUCUGAAGAGAUUACUGGUUCCCUCCGUAAAUUAAAGGGAUGUUGCACCCUUGCAAGAGAUCGGUUUAAAAGCCUUGAGAAAAGGGGACUAGUUGUUCCUUCAAAAAAGAGUAGCAGGAAAUAGAGUUCAUCAGAGUGAAUUGCAGAGUAACACAGAUAAAACGUUUUCAUCACCGCCAUAUGAGACCAUCAUCCCGAGCACUUGGAUGAGAGACAGCUCUAGACAGCAAGGUCUUGGUUUAUGUCUGCAAAUUUGGAGUGGGAGAGCUGGCUGCUCUUACUGUUAGCAAAAUGGAUAUGUAGAUCUGUUUAUCUUACUGAUACAUGGUUUAUUACACCAAAUAUUUUAUAGUCAUAGUCAAUUUGCUUUGGGAGCAAAAACUAGUAAUUUGAAGACAUUGCUGUUUUAAUUGAUUACUAAAUUUGGCAAAUGAGCAAAAACUAAUACUGA